CUUGCAAGUGUUUGGCUGAACUUGAUCAGGAAAGUGAGAGAGGGUGUCAUGUCUCCCCUGACCCUUCAGAGACAGCGCAGUAUCACUCCCUGCAUCACGGACAGAGACCCCCUGCCCGACUCCUCCAGUGACAAAGACCCUGGCUCUCCCAGGAUCUGUGAGGGAACCCCUCCUCUGUCUCGAGUCACUGAACGGGGAGGCUCCUUCAGAGAGAGAGGCCCAAACCAAGCCAGUAUAUCACGGCGCUCUCUGCGCAGCGUCUCCGUGGCCCCCCCUCACCGUGUGUCAGACUGUCUUCGCCAUGGCAACAGCAGCGAUGCCCGGGCAGUGAGGGCGGUGUGCCUGCUGAUGGGAGGGGCAGCGGCCUCCUCUGCUCUGGGCUACCUCAACUCCUGCUCCCCCUCCUCUCCUCUAGCUAGCAGAGCCCCAGAGAUGGCCCACGGGGCGGGGGGCUUCUCCGACCUCUCUGCAGGAGGCUCCUUCCACGCCUGCAGCCAGGAUGUCGACUCCCCUCACUUCAACAGCUUUGACUUCGAAGGAGACUCUGACUUUGAUGCAUUUGACUGUGGAGGAUUUGCUUUUUAGUUUUGACUAGAAAGACAAAGGGGAGAAACUGCUUGAAAGAUAUUUUCUUCUCAUCAUCUAAAUCAGGGAUGGGCAACUUAAAUGCGGGAGGGGGCCACAAUUUUUCAUGGACACUACCACAGGGCCACAUAUAGGACCGUGCACUUCACCAGAUAUGAUGAAACUGUAAUUUUAAAUAUGUUUACAGUGCAGUAACUUAACAUAUUUCAUGCUCAAAUGCAUGAAUAACAGUAUAAAUAGGAAUACAAAAGGUUUGAAGCAAAUAAAAAAUAACUACUUACCGUAUUUCGUCAAAUAGUAGCCGGGACUUCUAUCAAUAAAAAAACAGUUUGGGACCCGGCUAAUAAUAGGGGCAGGCUAUUAUUUGAAGGAGGCUUUUAUUGAAAAAAAGAAAAUCAGAGCAGCUCUGAUCGGCACUUUUUAGAGUGUUUUACACAGCGCAUUGUAGCCAGUUACCCGGAUGUCGGCCAUAUUGUAAGUACUCGGAUGUAAACAAACAAUGAACAGCACGCUGAAUGUUCAUUUUAAGCAGGAUUUAAAAUGUCUAAACUACCAAAAACCCCAGAAGAACAUGCAUAAACGGCUCGACUUUACAGAGAAUGACUAGGACAGCAGGAAACUUUGACAUAACACCGGUAAGACACCCGGCUUAUAAAAGAGGCCGGCUUUUAUUUACUAAAAAUUGUUUUUACACCCGGUUACUAAAUGAAGCCGGUCAUUAAUAGGGGCCCGGCUUUAAAUUGAGGAAAUACGGUACUGGGAUUUCUUUUUUUUUUUCAGUGCAAGAACAGCAGACCAACAUUAAUUGUAAGAAGUAAUUUUGUGCAUUUUUCACUUCACUUUUAAGAUUUCAUGCUGAAAUGCAUGUAGUUGUACUGAGGGCCACUUCAAGUGAGGGUGCGGGCCAUAUGCGGCCCCCGGGCCUCCAGUUGCCCAUCCCUGAUCUAAAUCCUCGUGUUGCUGUUCCUUUUUAAUAUAAGGGCAUUAUUAUUAAUUAAUCAGUCGUUUGUUAUCUAUGCGUCUAAUUUAUAAAUUAAUGAAGGUGUUCUUCCUGGCUUUGUGCCCAUGCUCCUCAGGUAAAACAUUCAUGAUCUUGACUCCUCUGAACACUGUCUGUCUGUGUCGUAUCAGUCUUUCCAUGCCACAGGACGGCUUGAGGUUCACUCAGUGAGCAGUGCAAUGAUUCCAGACAGUCACGGACGUUUAUGAGGACAUUUUAGUCUUUUAACAGGUGUUUUUCUCCAAUGUUUGUUAUCAGUGUUCAUUUUAUACUUUUUUUUUAUAAAUGUGACCUGAAUAUUCUGUCCUCAUCCACAUUCUCUCCAUUUCAUUGGCACUUUGCGCCAUUUCCUUUUGCCCCGCUUUCCAAAAUCACAGCCAUCAUCAACCAUCUGCAUAAACCAGUAUCUCACAUGAAAUGCAGUCGAAAGGUGAACUCUAAAUAAAUCCUGUUGUCACUAUGA